CGCAGCCGGCAACCUUGCCGGUUUGGAUUUGAACGUGCCGCCGUUUAUUUUAAUUUUUAGAAGAAGCUGUGAGUAAUAGUGAAGUAAAGCCGUGCUGAUUGUUAAACACACGCCAUUAUACGGGGCUGGGAUUGUGCUGAACAAUGGGACUGCAUAAAGCUUCCAGACUCCCAAGUUAUGUGGAUUGCAAAGCUGUGAUUUGGCUUUAAUGUUAUUAUUCCUCGUUCAGAUGAUUAGAAUGAUGUUGGAAUAUGCUGGAAUAGACAUGGAUUCACCGUUUUGGUCAAACAAGCCAUAUGGUUCAUCUCGCAGUAUUAUUCGCAGAAUAGGUUCUAGCCUCCCUCUUAAACCAUGUCCAAGAGUUCACUUCCAGAUUUUCCAUGGCUUUGGAGAAGCUGAUCAAAGUUCUACGGAGUCAGACAAUGGUGCAGUUGCUUCCCUGGCGGAUGUAGCCUGGAUUGUGUGUGACCAGGGGGAAUCAUUUAGCAAGAUGAGGUCAGAAAUUCGACUUGAAGAUGGUGAAGUUCCCAAACAUCAGACUUCAUCUUGUCCAAGGCCUAUCAGCAGGCAAGCUUCUUUACCAAAUUUAAGAAAUUGCAAAAAGGAGUCUGCAACUCCCACAAUGGCCAGUGAUGCAGCAUUGGAAAAAAUCAACAUAUUGGAGAAUGAGCUUGCUAAGUUACGGGAACAGAUUGCCAUGAUUGUAACUAUACAAGAACAAAGAAGUCCCUUGGCAGUGACACCUGGUGUUAUUCCUUCUUGUGCUGCUCCACCGCUGCCUCCACCACCUCCCCCACCUCUACCACCCUCACCUGCUCUCCAACGUAGUCAAUCUGUGAUUGACCUCAUCAAAGAAAGAAGAGGAAAGAAAGCUGACAGUAGUCAAAUCACAUGUAAUCAUAAACAGCAAACUCUGCCAAACAUGUUAGAUGUCUUAAAAGACAUCGAUAAGGUGAAACUACGCUCUGUAAAGAAAUCUGUGGAUGAUUUAAAGCCCAAACCAGAUCAACAUACAGCUGAUCCAACAGCUUUAAUAGCAGCAGCUUUGAAGCGCAAAUUUGCACAUCGCUACAAAAAUGAUCAUUGUAAUGAAAAUCGACCUUCAAAUUCUGACUUCCAGGCAAGCACAGAACCCCCAAAGUUUGGACAACACAUGCUGAAACCAACUGGAAAGAGAAACCCAUUGUUGGAAACUUCAUCUCGGUCUUGAUUGGAUGCUUAGGGCAGCGAGGGGAAGGGUUACACUUUUCCUCUACUUGACUUUAAUUUGCUUUAGACUUAAUUGUAUGAAGAAAUGCUGCCACUGUAGUUUACAUGAGCAAUAUUUAUAAAAUCAGGUUUCAAAAAUGUAUAUUUUAACAUUUUAGUUCACGGCUGUUAUAUACCAGUUUGUAUUUUGCAUGUAUUCACAAUGAAAUGACAUAUUUGUUGCCAAAUUCUAAUGUUUGAAGUUAUCGCGUUGCUGUUUGUAGAUUUGUUGUGAAUAUGGCACCCAAAGAGACCUAAAUUGAUUUAGUUUUUCUCUAAAUUAUAUUUUAAAUAAGCCAUAGCAAUUUUUUUUUUUCGGCUUUGGUGUUCACAUCACCACAGCUUAUUAUUGUUUACGUGGUGGUACUUUAGGAUAAAUGUUGUGGAUUUAUAAUAGGUUGUGUUGCACAGUGUUCCUAAAAUGUAAUUACGUAUCGUAGACCCUUUGAUUAUUUGGUUUUUAAAACUUAUCAAUUUUUGUUGUGUUCUUUUCAUUUUAAUUAUGAAUGCUGAUGAAAAUGACAUACUACAGCACUACAGUCAUUGAUGCACAAGGUUUGAGUUAGUGUUGUCAUCAAUUGGUUUGCAUCGAUUAUUGCUUACUGAUUUUUUUUUAAGCUUCUGAAAGCCCAAUCCUUCCUGCAUAAACAGAAGUUUAACAAAUGACUAAAGGAUGAACCAACUAAAAAAGAUGGUAAUGUUAAUUAUUAUUCUUUAUGACUAUUUAACUUAUAACAAGUCCUGAUUAGUAAAGCUCUCAUUUUAAAUGCUAUUCCUGAAAAUCCAGAACAUCAGAAAGUUGCAGCAUACAUGCCCAGAAUUUUAAUAAUUGGGUACAAAGUGUAUAUGUAUGUCAUAUGUUAAUGAUUUUUGUACAUGAAUGGUCGUCCAGAGAUCUAGUUUUGUAUUAUAUAAAAUGCUUUGAAUUAAGAAAAUUUAGGAGUUUAUAGACGACACUGCUGUUGCAUAAUGCUUUGACCAAACAACAAGGUGCUUGUUAUCCCAUCAAAUGUAUUUAUAUCAAAACUACACUACAAAUAUUGAAAUUUUCCAGAUCCUAAUGCGUUGGAAUAAGGAAGUCUAAGUUCAGAAGACCCAAAAAUACUUGAAAGUUUUAACUCCAUUUUAUACAAAUUGUAAAUUUUCAGUGCAUAUGCUCAAUUUUUUUUCUAUUUUCACUGGGGGAAACUAUGUUUUAGUCUAGUUUUUAAAAUGAGAAGUAUUUUUUAUAACCUGGGUGCAAGCUGUUCAAAUUUUGAAAAGGUGCACUAUCUUCAGCACACAGUCAAAAUAUUACCUGAACAUAUGAGUUUGGAAAAAUAGGGAAAAGUUUUUAAUAAGCUGGUGUAGAAAGAGGGAAGGUUUGUUUUGAAACACACCUCUUCUUACAAUAAAGCUUUCAAGAGAAACAUUAUAGUUAUGCCGUGAGUUCACCCUCUCUACUCCCACCUUGUUCUUUCCCCACCCACACUCCUUUGUCCCAUCCUACCCACACCAGGGAUUGAAGGAACAAAACCACUGUUGAUGUAACUUUUCUUUGUAAGCUAUAUCUUUCAGCCAAAGUUAGAAAAACAUGCUAAACGUUGGUACAGCAAUCUGAAAAGUAAGAAAAAUCAAUUAUUCAUUAAAAUAUAUCUGUUAGCUUUAAUUAAUAGGUAAUACAAAUUGUCAUUUGGGCUUAGUAUUGAGAACGUGAGUAUUGCUGAGAAUAGACACCCUUUUUGAAGUUUUUUCUCUGUGACUCAACAUACCGAUGGAAAGGGAAAACAGCAUUGAUACUGUGGGAGGAGAGUGAUGAUUAGUUGCUAAAUACUGUCUCACUGGUCAAGGCAUAGCCCUAAGAAAUAUACCAGAGCAUAUCUAUCGCCUGUUUGUUGAGUUGGUGUUCUUUCUGUCUGCAAAGAAUAGAGACCUGUGCAUUAAUAUAUACAGCUUCAAAAGCUUGCAGGUGCCACAUGGGAACCUGACUGACAAUCCCCAAAUUGGUUAUCAGCAUCACUCAUAUCAGGUUAACUUAGCAAAUGUUGUCUAAUUGCCACAUCAUAUUUAGUGUUGGUCACCCUAACGUAGGGUGCUAUGGUCAAACCAAAAAAACAUUCCAUCUAUCAGACAAACAAAUAAUGUAUAUAAAAUUUCAGUGCUGGUGGGCUGCCUGAUAGAGAGGUCAUAUAUACCAAAGACAUGUAGUUACAUGUCAAACAGCAUCUUCGUUCAUCCUUCGCACUGCCAAGAUACUGACUAUACCCAGCCCAACCAGCUUGUAGUUACAAACUCGAAGGGUAUCCAACAUUGGAUAUGAUUCCAUGGUUGGACAUUUCCUAGAUAAUCCUAAUUGUACUAAAAUAAUGCUAGCAACAAAUUUAGAAUUGUUAGAUGGUGUGUGUACUUGCACUCUGGAUAUUUGUAUAUAAAAAUACAAAGGGACCUAAUCAGACGAUACACAUACUUUGCACAAACUCAAUAAAAAUGGUGACAACUGUUCUUGAGUUCAUAAUUCAGGGCAGUGUUUUGGCCAGUCAACUUGUUUAGUUUAAAAUUUUAAAGCUUAGCAGCUGUAUGUCAGUCAACAUCUGUGCAUGCUGCAUGGCAAUAUCUCUGUCAGAAUCCAAUGGCAAAGUAAUUUGCGCACCCGUGCAGUAUAAAUGUUCUCUCUUUCCAUUGGUACUUCUGACAAAUUGUUCCAAUGAAUGCAAGAUGAAAAACAUAAAUUACAAUAUCCUUUUUUCAGCAAUACAUAGAGGUGGUCAGUAAAUCAUACACUACCUAACAUUUCUGAUAAGUGUUUGAAACUUUGUUUAAUUGUAACCUCGGAAUUGUAUUGCUUUCUGUCGUGAGAGCUAAUGUACAUUGUAGCACCUAUUCCAAGAUGAAUAUAAAAUGUAUAACAGCUGUAUUAAUAUUCCAUAAUAAUUUUGCAUUCUUUCUGUACUCACUGAUUUCCAAUUGUUGCACAAUUUUUAAAAAUUUGAGUUUUGUUUAAAAUAUGAAUGCAGCACUAAGAUCACAUGAUGAUGACUGCUUUUAUCAUUAUUUAAUAAUUGGUUUCUGUUGGCCUAGUUUCUGCAUUGUACCAAAAGCAGGGAGGCAACUCCGGGUAAUGUUGUAGGGGCCUAAGUUCGAAUCCUACAGUGGCAGAUGGUGAAAGUUGAAUUCAAUAAAACAAAAAGCUGGAACAAACAA